CGGCUCGCCGCUUCCCAACCGCCCGCGUCCGUCCGCGGCCAGGCAGCGGUGGGGAUGGCGAGCCGCGGAGCCAGGGCGGUGACGAGCGCGGCGGCUCCGCCAUUGGGCAAGGAGGCCUGAGGGACGGGCUGGCUGGGUGCAUCAGGACCCCGGAGCCGGCAGCCUCGGCAGAGCCAGGGCGAUGGAGGCCAACGUGCCGAAGCGGAAGGAGCCCGCUAGGUCCCUCCGCAUCAAAGUCAUCUCCAUGGGCAACGCCGAAGUGGGGAAAAGCUGUAUUAUAAAGCGCUACUGUGAGAAGAGGUUUGUGUCUAAGUACCUGGCAACAAUUGGAAUUGACUAUGGGGUCACAAAGGUCCAAGUCAGAGACAGAGAAAUCAAAGUUAACAUCUUUGACAUGGCUGGACAUCCCUUCUUCUAUGAGGUUCGAAAUGAAUUUUACAAGGACACACAAGGCGUGAUGCUGGUCUAUGACGUGGGACAGAAGGACUCAUUUGAUGCCCUUGAUUCAUGGCUGGCAGAAAUGAAGCAGGAGCUUGGGCCUCACGGGAGCAUGGACAAUGUUGUCUUUGUUGUGUGUGCCAACAAGAUUGACUGCACCAAACACCGCUGCAUCGAUGAAAGUGAGGGGCGUCUUUGGGCCGAAAGCAAGGGGUUCCUGUACUUUGAAACAUCAGCACAAACUGGAGAGGGAAUCAAUGAGAUGUUCCAGACCUUUUACGUGUCCAUAGUUGACUUGUGUGAAAAUGGCGGGAAGCGUCCUACUGCAAAUAACAGUGCUAGUUUCACCAAAGAACAAGCAGACACCAUUCGCAGAAUUCGAAAUAGUAAGGACAGUUGGGACAUGCUGGGAGUCAGACCUGGGGCCUCAAGGGAGGAAGUCAAUAAGGCCUACCGGAAGCUGGCAGUACUGCUUCACCCGGACAAGUGUGUAGCGCCUGGCAGUGAAGAUGCCUUCAAAGCAGUUGUGAAUGCCCGGACAGCCCUCCUGAAAAACAUCAAGUAGAAGGCAGAGGAAACGGCAGGCGGGCUCAAGUGCAAACAGACUCCCCUUGAGGUGAAAUAGCCAACUUGGAUUUUUCCUUCACAAAUGCUCACUGUUCGGUUCCCUCACGUGCCGUCUCAUUUGUAAGCUAAUAGUGUAGGUGCCUGUUGCCAUGUUGUGGGCCUUUUUCAGUGAGAUGACCUGCUUUUGUGUGAGAGAGAACCCACGUUUCUUAUGCACUGCACUGCAUUUCUUAUUGCCAGAUAACUCAGUGUUCGUAAUUGCAGCAUCGCUUAGGCAUUGGCUUCUGAAAGUCGGUGAGACUUCUAGAGAAGGGGAGGCUAGCAGGACACUCUGGCUGACCUGCCUCUCUGCCCACCCACCCACCCAUUGCCAUCAUCAGAGAAGGGAAUAAAAUCAGGACAGACAAUGACAGGCAAGCAGACAGCACCAGUCCCUGCUUCUUGGCUAGUAUUUUAACCAUCAGCCUCUAAUUAGAGUCGGGCGUGGGGGCUCAGGCCUGUAAUCCCAGCACGCAGGAGGAUUGUGAGUUUGAGGCCAGUCUGAACUACAUGGAGAGACUCUUUCAUGUAAAGUGAGGUGACACUGUUCUGUCUACCUGCCUUUUAGGACAUUUCACUCUGCUUCUUCUUCAACCAGCAGGGGGAUGAGCAGUGCUGAGGGAGAAAGGUGGUGCUCACUGGAGCUGGAUCCCAGGUCUUUGCUCUGUCCUAGAACAGCAAGGAGUGCUGUGCCACCGGGAAUAAGGGACCGGAGGCCAAGACGGGACACUAGAAGGCGUGCUGUAGAUUCCUCGGGAGUGUGCACCCAGCCACACCGCACAGGGAAAGACAGCUAAGCUCAGGUGUGUUGGGCACUAGGAGGGGCCCUACGUAAGACUUGUCCCUUUCCUCAUUCCUUACCGCGGGGUGGCAGAGGCAGGCAGGUACUCUUCUGCAAGCAGGCCUCUCUCUUCAGCACCAGUGUUAGUCCUAAUCGGUUCUCUACCCCACAUCUGCCAUUGCCUCUCCUCCUGAAUCCCUAGUGUUGCCCCAGGCUCAGCUGACUAGAAAUAAGUGUGAUCUAUUGGGGGCACAAUGGAACAUUUUAGGCCUGUAGAGGGCAGACUCUUUACAGUUUAUGCUUAGGCUCCAAAUUUUUGAAGAGAAUUUUUAAACUACAGGUAUGGAAACUCAUUUUGUGUAGAGAAGCAUUCCUCAUGCGUUGUCCCUGCCUGGUACACAGUGCCGGAUAGAGCUGCAUGGAGAGCACUGCAUUUCCUACAGUGCUUAGGGGAGCGGGCUCAUUGCUUGACUCUGUCUCUCAGCUCUCUUAGCUGUGUUAUUUUUUUUUUUUUUUAGCUUCAGCCACCUGUGCUAACUGGAGCUUUGAAGGAUAUAAAAACGUUACUAGGCUGUGACUUUUAAACACCUACCCCAUAAUGGUUGCUGGAUAACAUCUCUCUUACCUAAGAAGACAAGCCCCUGUCUUACAAUCCAAACCACCACAGUCUUGAGGAUUAUUUCCCUCUACCAUAGUAACCUCACUUUGCAUGGCUGUGCUCAGUUAUACUGAGCUUGAAAAUGCUGUCCAUCAUGAAUUCAGAUCUGUGUAAAAGAGAUAUGGAGGUCUGAUGUGUGGCUUGAUGGUUUCCUCUGGCCCUUGGACUGGCUUCUCGGAUGGUAGAACUCUACCUCCAGCUUCUCGUGGGCCUCAGUUCUGUUUGAGGCUUCCCUUGUGCCUAAUGUACCCCACUAUCCAACUGCUCUUUGACCGGAAGGUGGGAGUCCUGUGGAUGAGGGGCUGCUCUUGGUACUGUCAGCCCGAGUGUGGGGCCCAGUCUUCGCCAUGGUUGUUAGAGACACUUCAUCCAGCAGCAUGGGCAGGGCUGUAGAGCCAUCAAAGCCUGCCUCAAAAUGAACCUUAGCUUUUAAACCCCUGACGGCCCUCGGUGUUCACUGAACUUCUCGGCACAGGUGGGUGUUUUGUCUUUCACAUUCUUUAAAACUCUUCACCCAGUUAAGAUCUCAGAACAUCAGCUGGAGUCACAACUCAGUCAUGUCAGUGGCUAAAAAUUUAUAGAAGACCUUGGUUUCCCAGAAAAGGAGUUAAAGAAAAGCCAUGCUUCUGCAUCUGAGUCAUCAAGUGUCACUUCUUACACUUGUGGAGAAUCCCUGGAGGCAUUUCAGAGUUACUCUUCCAGCCACCUCAAGCACUUUAAAACAUAUCCCCUUUUGUGUCAGAGACAUCCUCUCCUGUGCCUCCUGUGAGUGGCUGUCCUCCACUGUCAGCAUCUCUUACUUAAGCACUGCCACUUUAUUCCCCCAUUUAAAUGUGUCCUUGCUUUUAUAGCCUGUUAACUUAAGAGUCCAGAUGUUUAGGAUAAAAUCACUGUCAUUCUAUAAACUGUUCACCAUUCUUUAAGGCUUAUAUUUACCUCAGGAAACUUAUUCUAGUAUGUUCUCACUAAUUGAAAUCUCAAGUGAUAAAUACUUCUUUAUACCUGCAAACUGGUACCUAAUGCCAUCUUAGUUCAGUGAGCCAUAGGCUGGGCAGCUAGAUGGUCAGUGAGCCAUAGAGCUCAUUAGAGGAAAACAAGGAGUGCCUGCCAGUACUGAAUCAGGGGCAAGUGCUAUUCUACCUAGAGUGGCAACUGUCACCAGGAGGAUGAAGGGAUUGCUUUUGGCAGUGGCAGUGUCCUCUUCCAGGUCUGGAAUGGCAUUUUUCUCACACUGCAGCCCAUGGAGCUAAGUUCCCCAGCAUUUUUGAGAAAGUUUUGAAAAUGAAUUUAGUUGUAAAAUCAAGCUAAGCAAUUUCCACUGUGGGCUUCACAAGCAAGGAGCUGCCCACCCUGCUCACCCUGGUGCUGAGCACAGUUUUAGAUACGGUUAGUGCCCUUUGGACGUUGAUGGCAGCAUUAGCUGUCUCUGGGGAGGAUGGACGUGUCCACUUGUGGGUGGUGCGGGUGGACAGUGACUGUGUCCACCACCCAGUGCGGUGCCCGGCUGUCUGUUAAGGCUGUGGGUGGGAGGACUGUUGUGGAGAGUUAGGCAGUUUGGGUUAGCUCCCUGCACUGAUCGCGCUGUGCACAUUUUUUCCCUUGACUGUGAAUGUCCUUACAAGGUAAUUUACAUAUCUGCUUUCUGUUGAGAUAACUGAAAGUGUUAAAUCUACCAGUUGUUUAUGUCUUGUAUACAGAGUGUCAUAUGUAUUUAAGUUGUGUAUUUUUAUAGAGUAAAAUCAAAUAGCAAACA